UUUUGCUUUAAUUAAUUGCAAAAAGUGUGAUUGAAAGCCAUAAUUGAAAUAACAAAUCAGCAGCAAUUUGAAUCAAGAAGAUGGUGCAGUCGAAGUCCUUUCAGCUAGAAAAGGCUAAACAUCAAAAAUCUAUCAGAUGCAAGAAUCCAGGACGCAUCGUAUCUAGGAUUUUAGGACUGAUUGCUCUCGCAGGAUUUAUAUCUUGGUUCAUCCUGGCUAAUAUUCCGGAGGGAAAAAAUGUUCAAACCACGGCAAGAACGGCUGUCAGCACUGAAAAAAAGGAUAGCUUUAUGAGUGAUGAUGUUAUUUGCAAUCGUGAUUACUGUGAUAUUACUUGCAUCGGAGGACACGUCAAUGAUGUAGCUACCUUUCUGAAAAAUCAAUCUGAUUCUGAGUUGCUAUGCUAUACCAACAACAAGUUAACCAUUUAUGGAACUGAGUUUCCCAAUGCGACUUUAAUGAAAAAAUGGCUCACAGGAGAUUACCUCAUCGCGAGCCUGACUCUAAAAGAUACAAAUUUGGAAAUAAUUGAGCCAGGGGCUUUUGAUAGUUCUUGUUUUAAAAACCUCACUUCCCUUGAAAUUUCCAAUGCCAACAUUCAUUAUUUUCCAAAGGGAGUGCUUGCAGAUUUAACUUUGUUGAGUGACUUGAAAUUGGACAGUAGUGUAGAGGAUUUCUCACCAGAGUAUCUCGCAGGCAUAACGGAGAUCAUUACAUCGCUACAAGUGAGAAGAAUUCCUGCAAGGAAAUCUCCAAACGAUUUAUUCGGGAUCCUCCCUUUAACAAAACUUAACUCCUUGAACUUGUGCUAUAAUAACUUCGGAGAUACAAUUACUGUGGAUACUUUCGAAAAUAUUACACCGUCGAAAAAUCUGUUCUUGUGUGGCAGCCAAAUAAAUUCCUUGCCCAUUGGUACAUUCAACUCCCUUAAGAAUGGAUUUAUGUAUUUAGAUUUGCGGAAUAAUAAUUUGACACAAGUUUCUGCCGAAGUAUUCGAGCCAGUUAUUCCGCUCUAUAAGUUACUUGAAAUAAAGUUAGGAGGAAAUCCUUGGGAUUGUACCUACAAACUUUCACAAUUAGCUAAACUCAUUGAACAGAAUAAACGAUACUUCGAAGGUCCUUUUAUUUGUGAUUCGCCACCUGAAUUGGCUGGAAAAAAUUUAUCUGUUAGCAUUUUACCUGAGCCUCCAUCAACAACCACCACCACUGAAAAAACAACAACGGAAACUACAGAGGAAACAACUGAGAAAACCACUGUGACUUCGGAAACCACCGAGACAACUGAAACUACACAAAGCUCAACCAGAACAACUGAAGGUUCCAUUGAAACCACUACCCCAAACAACUCCUGCGAUUCAAAGGAUCCUUCUUUGGUUGAGUUCACUUGCGAGACCGAUGUAAUUGGAGAUGAUGAUAUCUGCAUAUCCGACAAUCCAGAGGCGAAAAGAAUUUUGCGGGUCAAGAAAAUGGAUGUGAAUUUUAACAUAGUAAAGGUUUCGCGUGGUUCCGUACAGAUUACCAUUGACGCAAUUGAGGGGAAUUCCUCAAUUCUAUGGUUCUACGAUACAUCCAGGAAUCUGAAGGAGGUCCAGAAUAACUACAGAAACUACUGCUUAGGUUGUGCAAAUCUCGAUACGCAGGAUUUUAUAAUAAACGGGCUGGAACUGGGGGAGCUUUACACUUUUUGUAUGGUUAAGGAUAAUAACUCUGAUACUUCUCCCUUGAACUGUCGCUCAUACUUUGUGGAUUAUGAAUGCAACGAUCAAGAAUGGAUACUGCAACAAUCACAAAUGACAAUUGUUGCAAUUUUUGUAGCGGGUGCCCUCCUUACUAUGUUCCUUGGUGCUGUUGUGAUGUUCUGGCUUAUUCAAUGCAACCCCACUUUAUUGAAAGGUUGUGAACGAAUCAUGGUUCUAAAUAAGAAUGCAAAGAAUAUUAUUGUUCUCCCAAAGGAUAAAUGUAAAGGGGCACUCAGUGGGGAGAUGGAGAAAACUCCGAGUAAAAGGGACAUCAAGCGAAAACUUUCCACAGAAACUGUAGCAAGUUCUCGAAGCUGUGAUCCUCCAAACUAUGAAACAAUACCCUACGAACCUGUUGCAACGAUGCGGAAGGAUAGCAUGUAUUUCGAACGACUCCCAAAGCACUCACCACCGCCACUACCAAAGAGGUUAUCUGAAGGAAGUGUUUCAAACUUUCCAGGGGAAGUCGACAAAGUUAUUAUAGCUGAAAAAUUAACUGAAAAUGGAUAUUUGGUUCCCAACAGUCAAGCUUAACAGCACCAAAACCUUACUGUUCCACCUAGGUCAUAAAUCAGCCUAGAAAAUUUCAAAGUCCAAGAAUUCAAUUAUUAUCAUUAUCACAU